AUGCAAUUCAAGUGGAACGGGCACCUUAUUCCGCCUACUAAAACUGAAAUAGCGUGGAAUCGAUGGCUGACCCAGCGACGAGAUGACACAGUCACGUUACUGAUCUACGAAUAUGGUCUCGACAUUCCAAGUGCGCGGGCUCUUGAAGAGUUUAAGUAUGCUCGCAUACGUCCACAGCACACCGAUCGUUCUGGUGCUGCUGCUGAAGCCUCUAUUCGAGAGAUUGUAGCGAAGCUGCAAGAGGUUUGGGGGGAAACCUACCAAGGUAGUGCAAUGGCGUGGCGAAUGUGGGCAAAUGAGGUGAUGCGGAACCUAGAUCGCUCUACGUGGGAAGUAGAUAUUUAUAAUCCCCCAACUGCCACGGUCGAGCGUUUACUUCGAGCAGCUGAUGGGGAAGCCGAUAUACAUCUAGCCAAUCUAUCCAGAUCCGCUCGACUGGCGCUUGAUGUCGUUAACGGUGCCAUUGCGGACAACCGCCAGUUGAAAUACGAUUGGGAGGCGUUUAGACGUCGCUUGGAUAACCAGGAGAAUGCGUUAAGAGCCCGCAGAGACACGCUCGAAGGCUUCCUUGAAGACAUUCCGAUUCCUCCAGUCACAGAUGUGAUCGAUCCGACGCCAGCAAUGGAGAGCGUGCCCGACACCGAACAUGAACCGUAG